UCGGACUACUCUAGCAACAACGAUUCGACGCGACUGUGGACUUUGUUUGUGCUGCUUCAGUGAUUUUAGUGUUUACGUUUAGACUGUGGCAGUGUGUAAUUGGUUUGAGUUCUCUAUUUAAUUGUCUCGUGUUAAGUGAGUCAUGUGUUCGGUCAGCUUUAUGGUAAUGUGUGUGGAUGAGUCUGUGGAUGUGUUUUACUCAGACGGGCGUAGACUGCAGCUCUCUCCCUGCGGAUCUGAAUUCAUGAUGGAGAAACACAUGUCACCCUCUGCACACCCGCUACAGCCCAGAGAGAGAGUCAGACAGAGAACAAGAUUCGCCAUCAGCGAGUAUAAAACACUGGUACAGAAUGCUUUGACGUUCAGAAACAAGUAUGCAACUCAUCCAUAUUUGCCCGAGGAGCUCAUAACUGUGGAAUUCAAUAAGCCGUCCACCAUUGCCAUAGCUGAGGUGGAGUGGCCCGGGUCUGACUCCUGCACCACUGGGCCGCAUGGAGAGAUCACAGUCUGCUCUGUAGUUGGACAUGCCAAACUCAUCCUUUCCUCUUCUGGAGAAGAGUUCACAGUGGAGUUUAUCUGUCGGUCCAGCCAAAAUGAAGUAGAGUCACAGUAUCUGCAAGGGCACCAACACAAAAGUACAUGUUCAUUAAGUAGCUUGUUUUCAAAAUCUGCCACGGUUAAGGGUUUAAACCUCUCUGAAGCCUCAGCGGGUGCUCAGAUGGACCAUCUAGGGUCAGUCGUAAAAGCCCCCAAUACGGAAAGACUGGAAUCAACAAGUUCGAAGUCUGGGAAGGUGGACGCGUACACCAGAGUGAUCCAGCAGUAUUCCCGAGCACUUUACCCACAGAUGUGGAGCUAUCCUCUGUCAUUAGCAUUCAAGCAUUGGGAAUCACAAAAAAUUAAAAUAAAUACUGUCAGUGGUCAAGAUGGAAAGGGUUUAACAGAGGGAGAAGGUAGACAAACAUCUCAAACAGGGCUGAAAACUCAGCUUCCCAAACCUUUGCCUCUAAAAUGUCCCUCUCCUCAUCAGCACAGAUGGCGAUAUGACGCUGUGAAUCCUGAUUUGCUGGAACAGGAAGAGGAAGUCACAGCUGAGGUGGUGAAAGUGGUCUGGUGUAAAGGCAUCAUAUACCGUAUAGUAGAUGGAGUGAUACCGAUGGUAGAGAUCUCACCUGGUGAUGGUUCAGUCAUCAGAUCUAAUGGAGUUCUAGCCAAUUACUUCACACAUCACAAAGCUGGAGCUGCUCACAGAGAUGCGGUGGAGUGUGUGUAUUACCUGUGUGGUCUCCCACCUGAUGUGCCAGGUCAGCUGUAUUCUGUCCAGUCUGUUGUCACACGGGCCAGCAGGAUUUUGAAAUGCUUCAUCCAGGCCAGAAGCUCCCUGAGGGCCCCGCUCUCUCUUUACUGCUGGAACGAGCAGGCUGCGGUGUGUGAUUGUGUAUGUGUGGUUCAGGAGGUAAUGGUGGCAGGUACGGGAUAUUUUAAAGCUCUCUCCGACGGGACUGUCGAGGUCUUGUUUCUGGAUGGAGUUAGAGCGCAGAUGAUGUGGAAGUCCGACACCUAUACACCUGCACAGUGUGGAGAAAUGGAACAGAAACUCAGGGCAGAAACCAGACCAUCUCACAGGUGGUGCCAGCUCAAUUUGCCAGAUGGGCACCAAACUCUUGUCCAAGUUGAGACAGACCAAACUUAUCAAAGGUAUGUGUCGGCAGUAGUGCAGUGGUGUGACUGGGUAAAGCAGACAGAUCAGAGCAUGAGUGCAGUGGGCGUGGCUCUCUCAGACUCCGCCCAUUGUGACACACCUCAGCCAAUAACGUACAGGUCUGUUGUUUCUGAACUGGAAAAGAUCAAGAGGUUUAACUUUUUGUUGGAGAACAGCCCCGUCCUGCGUCCUACAGGAAGAUCUUUGAGCUGUGAGCGUUCUUCUGACCGACCUGAGAUCAAACUCACAGAGAACUGCAUCUCUGAGGCUCUGCAGAAAACCUCCAGAGCCAUACAGGACAUUGACACGCUCUUAUCAGACAGACGGUAGAACUGAAUGCAGACACGUACGGCUUUCCCAAAAAAUUGUUUGCUUUUAUGGAACUUAUUCAGUGAAAUGUAAUGAGAUACAUGAGUCUCACUAAACCUGUCAAGAACAUAUCUGGGUCAUAUUUCACACCAAAACUCUAUUUUAUUGUAAAUGAAAUAAAAAAAAAAGUCCUGUUUUUUUAGGACGUUUAAGCACAUUUAGCCCCAAU